GUGGACGAGGGGGUAGGGGAGGCAGAGGUGGCCGUGGCGGAGGGCGAGGAGGUGGCCGUGGCGGAGGCAUGAAGGGCGGCGCCAAGGUCGUUGUGGAGCCUCACAGACACGAGGGGGUGUUCAUCGCUAGAGGAAAGGAGGAUGCGCUGUGUACGCUCAACAGUUCCCCCGGCAAGGCAGUGUACGGCGAGAAGCUAAUAUCGGUGGAAGCACCACCAAGCGACGACGGCACAACAUCGAAGAUUGAAUACCGGGUGUGGAAUCCUUUCAGGUCCAAGCUUGCCGCGGCAAUCCUUGGAGGAGUAGACGGCAUCCACAUCGUCCCGGGGGCAAAAGUUCUGUAUCUUGGUGCAGCUGCCGGGACCACCGUCUCGCACGUUGCCGACAUCGUGGGGCCAUCCGGGUGCGUCUACGCGGUGGAGUUUGCACACCGUCCCGGUCGAGACCUCAUCAAUAUGGCAAAGUCGCGCACGAACGUCAUCCCCAUCAUCGAGGACGCGCGACACCCGCUCAAGUAUCGUAUGCUCGUGGGCAUGGUCGACACGGUUUUCGCGGAUGUUGCCCAGCCGGAUCAGGCGCGUAUCGUGGCGCUGAAUUCGCACUACUUCCUCAAGAACGGAGGGCACUGCGUCAUUUCUAUCAAGGCAUCGUGUGUCGACUCCACCGCAUCACCGGAGGCUGUGUUUGCUCAGGAGGUUUCCAAGCUCAAGACGGAAAACUUCAAGCCAAAGGAGCAGGUUACCCUGGAGCCCUACGAGCGUGACCACGCCGUAGUUAUUGCGCUUUACCGCCCGCCCAAGAAAUCGAAAUCGAAGGACUGAAGUAGGCAGCUCAUUUGUAAGGGUUGUGAUUCCGAAUGUUGGGGGCAUCGCGAAUGUUGAAUUGAAUGUUCGCGACCCCUAUAUCCCUAGAAUAGUCGUUGUUCAGAUUCAGAUUGCCUGUGGGAGCUUGAUUUUUCUUGCGAAGGAAAUAAUGCUUGCGAGGGACUGCUUACCGCCUUUCACCCAUGGCCAACCUUUUCGUGGAUUGCUGUUAAUGGUUCGAUUGGCGUACAGCUCAAGUGGACACAGCUAUAUAUUCCUUUUCUUUUCAAGCUCGAGGCUGUCCCCCUUGUCGGUCACAUGAUGUAGUUCCUCAAAGCAGCCAGCCUUCAAAAUGGGUCUGGGGACGGUUGAAGGUUGGGGUGUUCAGCUUGUAUGGAAGCUAAUGACACCUUCCCUAGCCACAAACUAACAUAUAGGAAGAGUGCCUCCCGAAAGCCAAAUAUCCUCGUUCGUGAUAGAAACCCUGGGAGGUUCUCGGAGAAUCACAAGACCUAACAAAGAGAACAGCUGAACGUUCAACUGAAGGUCCAGCUCAUAGCACAGAGGGCUCCCAAACCGCGUAGUUCUAAAGCGAGCUUUGGGGGAUUCCCUGUGCAACGCAAACGGAUGUGCUCUGUAUCUCCGGAGUAGAGCUCAUGGUGCGACUUGAACCAACCUGUAGCCGUGGCUGCCAGCUGCCAGUUGCGGAGUCUUGCCCCAAAGCUCAAAAGCUCACACAGUAGACGUGUUGGAUAUGUUUGCGACUCGUGGCCAGCGAACUAAAGGACCGAACCAAAAAAGAAAAUUUACGCAUUUGUAGUGUAAAAUACAGUGUACAAAUAGAUAGCCUCAAACCCGAUCUCGAGCUACUGCGCACGUCCCGCGACACCCCAAGUAUGCCUCGGUAGGGCGCCGCAUAUAAUGUACCUCCUCACCCAAGUUUCAGGUGCUUUCGCCCGCUGACUGUGGCGGUCGAACAGAGCGACAGGGUCCUGUAGGCAAAAAAAAGCACACUA